AUGGAGUCUGCAAUUCGCUGGUCUCCAAACUCCAACGAUCUUGAGCAGCGCUUUCUCUCUGUUGAUGUAUCUGGCAGAGCAUUUCGCCUGUGCAAAGUAACAGGAAAUGUCACACCCAAUAAACCAAUCCAGCAUGAGGUCAUAAAUACACUAGACGACAUUCCCACUUUUCGGGCCUUUGACUGGUCGUCUUCCAACGAAAGCCUUAUCGCCGUAGGCCAGUCGUCCGGAGGAGCCACCAUCCUGCGACUCGACGCGAGCGUUAAGGAAGCAGUCUCGUUCCCGGUACGGAAUCAGCGGUAUUGCAAUGCAGUUGCGCUAAGCACACACGGCCUUGUUGCGUCUGGCCUUGAUCGUAUCCGAAAUGACUUCUGCCUAAAUAUCUGGGACGUCAACCAACGACUUGGCCCGGCGGGUGGUAGCAAAGGGUUUCCUGAGCCAUUGAGAAAGCUGGCUAGUUCCGAGCCCAUCACAAGUAUCAAGUUCUUUAGAGAUCAGCCUGAUACGCUGGUUGCUGGUGUGAAAGGGCAAUUUCUACGCAUCUACGAUCUGAGGGGUACGUUUGCUACGCAGGGUAGUGUGGGAUCUUUGGGACAUUUACUGACAAUUGCUUUGUCGCCUGCAGACAGUCCCGGUGGUCCUUCCUUACAGUUCCAGACACGCUGUGUUCACAACUUGGCCAUUGACUGGCUAGAUGAGAACUACAUUGCGUCGUGUCAGCCUUACAAUGAGAGCACCAUCUGCGUUUGGGAUCGGCGUGUGGGAGCUCGUUUAACAUUACCUUCCGUCGGCUCUUCAUCCAACAACCUGGAGUCUGGUCAAUCUGUGGCCGCCUUGCAGAUCAACAACGUGUUCGCUGCUCAAGCUUCAACUUGGAGCUUGCGCUUUUCCAAGACCAACCGCGGCUAUCUCGGAGCGCUCUCCAGCACUGGUCAUUUCAGGGGCUUCGCCAUUGCCAAGGACUAUCAGACUGAAGAGUACCGCGCUUCCAUUGACGAGACGUUUGGACAAGGAUCUUUCAAAAAUUAUGCAGAGUCGGUGUUCUUGAGACGUGAGCAAGAUGUGCGCCAUCCUUUCGAUCAUCCGACCCGAGGAGGCAAGGAAAAAGAUCGCAUGGUAGCGUUCGACUUUCUGAAUCUAAGUCUGUCCAGUCAACCCAGUGCGAUCGCUCUCGAUGGCCAUGGACAGGCACAGAUUGUGACUGUUCGUCCACCGUCUGCCCCGAUGAGCAUGUCUUCGCAAGGUGUCCUGGUAUGCGGUGUGCCUACCGGCGAUAGAGACUUCAAGGCCAUCUAUCCACUGUCUGAAGAUGAGAACAAGCCCAUUUCAGAUCUUAUUGACGAUAUUCGAGCUCGCUUGGGUGUCAGUCUACAUGAUACAUCAGCCAACCAGGACAAGACAUCGGGGUCUCGUGCUGCCAGGACCGAGCCCUUAUCAAGUCGAGAAUUGAGAGAGCAGGGGCUUUCGCUCUUGGGUCCCACUGCUCUUCUUUCUGCACAAGAGGCGUUGACUCUAUCAACCGUCUCUCGAGCUCGAUGCAGAGAAGGGUACAUGCUGGACGAGGCCCUGAACCGGUCAAUUGUAUCGGACGAUCCCGCUCUCCAGGGCCUCUGGGAGUGGAUUGAACGUGCGAGGACUCAAUCUUCUGGAUCGAGCUUGGUUAUAAACGGCUUGGAUUUGAGCUUUGUCGGUAUCGCCGAGGUCUGGACGAGCGACUUUGGUCAUGACUUUGAACGACGCAACGUUGGGGGCAAUUUUGACAGCCCUGCGGCGGUCACUGAAACGAUUGCCCAGCUAGUCCAGCGAAUGAAUCUGCCGGACAGCAAAAAGUGUGAGACGGAGUACCCCGAGCUUAGAACCCUCUGUCUUCACAUCUGUGGUGCGAUACCGUCAUACAAGGAACUGGAAGCGGAAGUCAAAGAUCUUUCCGCCGACAAUCAGCAUUCGAAGGCUGCAGCCCUCGCAGUGUUCCAGGACGAGGCCAAGCUGGCCUACCUGGCUCUUCGGAACAAUGAUCCAACGCAGGCUCAUAAGCUCCUCGCCAUGGCUAUCGCUGGCGCGGCAAAGGGCGACUCUAGUGUUGACUGGGAGGAAACGUGUGCCGACAUCUCUAAGCAGCUGACAGAUCCUUACGCGCGAGCAGUGCUUGCGCUCGUGAGCAAAGGAGAUUGGCAUUCCGUCAUUGCGGAGACUACCCUUCCUUUGAAAUACCGCGUUGAAGUCGCUCUCAGAUGGCUUCCAGAUGACGAGUUGACUGAGUACUUGAGCAAGACCACCGCCGAAGCCGUCCGACAAGGAGACGUCGAGGGUGUGAUGCUGACAGGGCUAGGGCAUCUUGCUAUGGGCUUGUUUCAAUCCUAUAUUGAAAAAUUCAGUGAUGUGCAAACUCCCGUUCUCGCCAUGAGCUACACAGUUCCGCGGAUUAUGAACCAUCCCUCUCUGGUUGCGCAUUUUGAAUCCUGGCGUGAAGGAUACCGGUACCAGAUGAAUUCUUGGAAAAUGCAGUUUGACCGCGCAAGAUUUGAUGUUGCUUCGCGCCAGCUCGCCGUCUCAGCCGAUGGGCGUAAACUCCUGACACCUCCGCCUCAGCAGAUCAGCUUGAUUUGCAACUACUGCACGCGUCCCGUCACCCAACACGAUGCCUCCUCUCAGAUUUCUCCUUCCGCCACCGUGGAGACGGUCCAUCCGACUGUUGGCCAUCCACUUGGAUCUGCCACCAUGUCCGGAACCGUUUGUCCCCGAUGUGGGCGGCAUUUGCCUCGUUGCGGCGUCUGUGACCAAUGGCUCGGCACUACCGACCCGAUGUCCAAAGGUGGAGCUGCGACUGAAGCUGAAUCUGAACACAGCAAUACUCCCUCCAUCUUGAAACGGUUCGUGGCUUUUUGCACCAACUGCAACCAUGGAUUCCACGCGCAUCAUGCCGAUGAAUGGUUUGCGGAGCACAGACUAUGUCCGGUGCCCGACUGCACCUGCAUGUGCCUUCGGAAGUCACCUUCGCCCUAG